AACCUAAACCUGCGACAGCCUUUCCAGCUCUUUGCCACACCGAGACACGUAUAAUUCUCAGAUCCUCCGUUCGUACGGCGUUUUAAAUGCGUGUUUGAAAAGCCCUGAGUUCCAAAAUGUCGGUGGCGGAUAAAAUCGAUGUUGCUCGCAUGUCCUUUUCUGGCUCGAACGUUGCCAAAGCCGUUUGCAAAGCGACGACUCGCGAAGUUAUGGGACCCAAGAAGAAACACGUUGAUUAUCUUCUGCAAUGCACUGAAAAUGAGCUCAUGAAUCUGGCCUAUAUGACCGAGAAUCUAAUGGAGCGAUGUCGUAUGUCUAGUUGGGUAAUCGUCUCCAAGGCUUUAGUAACCUUCCAUUCUCUCAUGUCCAAUGGUAACGAGAGAUUUUUUCAACAACUCUCUGCGAGGACAGCGCUCUGGGAUCUGGAAAAUUUUCUGGACAAAACUGCCGUAAUUGGCUACGAUAUGUCAUCUUUCAUCAAACGAUAUUCCAAAUAUUUGAUACAGAAGGUGAACUCGUACAGGCAAAUGAAUUAUGACUUCUGUCGAGCGAAACGAGGAGCUGACGGAUUGCUGAGAACGCUGAGCACUGAUAAGCUUUUGAAAGCGUUGGUUGAAAUCCAAGUGCACAUCGAUAGCUUACUCGAAGUCGACCUUCAAUCAAGUGAAUUCAGCAACGGUGUUAUAAACAGCGCGUUCGUUCUACUAUUCAAGGACAUGAUAAAAUUGUUUGCCUGUUAUAACGAUGGAAUGAUCAAUUUGUUAGAAAAGUAUUAUGAGAUGAAUAAAGAGAGCUGCAAGGAGAGCUUAGAAAUUUAUAAGAAAUUUAUAGCAAGAACCGAUCAAGUCUCGACGUUUCUGACAGUUGCACAGGAUAUCGGAGUCAGUGCAGAUGCUAUUCCUGAUUUAGCGAAGGCUCCAAGCAGUCUUCUGGAAUCUUUAGAGAAUCAUUACAAGUCGUUAGAGAAAGGACAGAUCCCGGUGCCUUCUGAAACCAAGCAUUUAAAUCUAGCGCCGAUCACCAUUUCUCUGAAGAGCGAACAAUUUAAUUUCCAAGAAGAUCUCGCAGAGCAGUUCAGUCCAGAGGAGAAUAACAACGAGGAUAUCGAUGGCCAGCAGCCCACCCUACUUCAGAGCUCUCAAACAACGAAUCCGGGGGGUGAAGGACCCUGGCAGAACAUGUUUGAACCAGAGGUGCAACGCCAACAGCCUCCUAAAGCUGCAGAGCCAAGCAACAAACAGGAUGACCUGCUAGAAUUACACGCAGUGUUCCAAGCGCAACAAGCACCUCCGGCAAACGCAUUCCAGCAGCCUGGACCUAAUUUCGGAGCACCGAUGGCUUCCAAUCUUGGGUCAAACUAUCCCCCUGCAUCCACAAACCCUUUUGAUGCCCAUCAUGCACUUCAGAGUUCCGGAGACAUUUUACAACCAAUGAAUAAACCUCAGCCUGCCCCACAAGUGCUCGAACAACAAAGACAUCAUCACGGGCGAUCUACACUCGUCGCUAUCAAAGGUUGCCAAAUCUUUGGAUAACUUUGACUUAACUUCUGCCGCACUCGGCUCGGGAAGUUCCAGUCACCAAUGGACGGCACAAAAACCCAAGGUUAAAACCGGUGGAGCAAAUUUCCAAAUGGGAACAGCCGCUGGUACCACAUUACCACCAGGUAACCCCAUAUCACCCACUCUACCCUACAAUGCCCCUCAAUCUACAAUGCCUACCGCCGGGAUGGGAAUGGGACAACUCCGUCGUCCGCCCACCGCCAUGGGAAUGGGCCAACCCCAACAAAUCCUCAGACCUGGGUACACCCAUCCCCAAAUGGUAGGGGUAAGGCCCACGAUGGGGUAUGGUCAGCAGGCAAUGAUGCAGCCACAGAACGCGAUGUUCGGCGCAACCCCACGGCCGAAUACGAAUCCUUUUGGCAAUCCAGCUCCACGCAACCAAGCCAUGUUUUGAGUCCUGAACGAUUGAAUGACCCGAAUCUCGAUCAAUUGUUUAAUAAAUGACAAAUGCAAUCAGCGACAUUAAUGAGGAAUAAACACACAUUUCUUUUCAAAAAACUUCUUAAAUUGGUUCUCUUUCUGGUAAAGUUGGAUCGCUGAUCUGAUAUUUCAUAGGAUAUAGCAACUAUCUGCCACCAUGCGUAUCAAAAACGAAGCCAAGAAUGAUGAACUUCCGGGGACCCAGAAGAGAAAAGAAUAUCACUUUUGAGUGGUUUUCGUUCAGAAAAAUUCUCGUCUGGACCGGAUCGGACAAGAAAGAGUCCUUUUGUCUGUGUGUUUUCAAUGAGAAUUAAUUGGCUAAAACACAAUCAAAACAAUCAUGUCCGAUCCUACCACUGGAUCCUAUCUGAUGGAUGUUUCUGAGUGAAAACCAAUGUUUACGUCCGUUAAUCAUAGCAACGCACGACUUUAAGAUUGAUUCCUGGGGCAAGUUGUAUAAAACACUAGUUAACUUUUAACUGUAGUUGAGGACAGAAUUGGCCAAUCAGAGUCGUGUAUUUCAGAGUUAACUAGGAUUUAUCUAUGCAAAAUGUAGUUAAAGAGUUUUUUACAAUCGUUAUUCAGAGAGCCCCUCUUGCGGUUCGCGUGAGAUAUUGAUUCCUUUCAAUGGUGUCUCUAGAAGUUACGUACCAGAUUCUUGCUUCGUGUUGGUUAGGUAUAGUUGCUAAAUUCAGUGUAUAAUCAGAUCAGUGACACGGACGGAUUAUGUGUUUCAAGUAUGACGUCUGUUUCCUGUCACACUAUGGGGAAUAACAAGUACAGUCAAAAGCGUAUAUCAACAUGAGCAUGAAUUCUUUGGGGAUUCCUUACUAGGUCUCGUUUAUACGGUAGAGCAAGAUAAUAGUUAUCUUGCAUACCAAUCUCCCCUUGCAUACGCAAUGAUGCACUGAUCUAAUAUAUACGCAACGAGACUGUAGUGUGGCAGGGCAAUAAGUGUGGCCAGAGAGGUGUGGCGUUGUUCAAUCACUUCAAUGCCCGAUUUCUUUCAGAUAUUCACAGUGGUAAAAGUAAAUUAGAAAUGAAUCAGCAAUUGAGUAAAAACUUGUAAAUUAGUAAGAUUAAAUAAAUU